CACACUCGAACAUACAGACGGAUUAUAAACAAUGACGGCCCAAACGUCGGUAAAUGUCGUUUACCAGAAGGUCGUCCGGCUGUCCCUUCGCUCGGCCUCAAAUCUAUCCAAGCGGCGCGUGGAUGAGCUGAGCUCUGGCAUCGGAGAGCUGCGCCAGCUGCUGUCGUGUGUGGUGUGCUGCCAACUGCUGGUGGAUCCAUACGCGCCGAAGGGCAAGCGCUGCCACCACUAUGUGUGCCGGCUGUGCAUCAGAGGAUGCAAGCGGCUCAUGUCGCGUUGCAGGCAGUGCGAGGAUUGCUCUGACUUCAAGACGUACGAGGAGAAUCGUCUGAUGGCCAUACAGUUGCUCUGCUACAAGACGCUCUGUGUGCGUCUGCUGCAGUCGUCGAUGUUCACCCAGCUGGCUGGACUGUUUCCCGACUUGAGUCAUGUGGAGCAGUUUCCGCGCAUCCGGCUGCCGGCCAUGACCACGCAGGAGUUCAUCAGGGAGGGCACCAACUACGAUGAUAUACGGGACACAUUUCUGCCACAGCCAGAUCUGCCCUUCCUCAAGUCUCCCCUUCCCCUGUCGCUGCCCGCAGAGACGCCGCCCACGACGGCGGCCACAACGCCCGAGCUGCCGUACGAGCAGAAUCUGCCCGAGCAGCUGUCCAUCACGGACAUUGAGCUGGAGGCAGCGGCCACCGCAGAGCAGUCACAUUUCUCACAUCCGCUGCCCCUGAUGCCGACAGGGUCGCGCAUGGGUCUGAUGGCCGCCCAGCCGGCGUUUAUUCUGAACGAAGGCUCCGGCUCCCUGGGCACCGAAGCCGGCUACACGGAGCACAGCUGGAACGAGCAGGUGGAUCUCUCCGAUGCCGUCUCCAUGUCCAGCUUCCCCAACAACACACCGGGCUAUGCCAUGACCUAUGUCAUGCAGCCCACGGCUGCAUCCACACCAUUUGAGGCGCAUGCCGCGCAAGAGCUCCAAAUUGGUCAAGUGGUGCGAAUAGAAGAGUCCACACAGCCAGCUCUGUUGGCCAUAACGACAGCCGAGGUGGAGCUCUACCACUCCCAAAAGCGAAAGAUGGCCCAGCUGGAAAUGGAGGAGCAGGAGGAUGAGCUUGAGCCUCAGCCAGAGCAGGCGGCAGCCCCGGAGAGUGACUGCCAGGAGGAGCCAUAUCUCGAGGAUGUGAGCCACGAGGAGGCAUAUCUGGAGAAUGUGAGCCAGGAACCAUUGAUGGAGAAUGUCAGCCAGAAGGAGGCAUCGCCGGAGAUUGUUGGCCAGGUGGUAAGUCAGAAGAAUGCCCGCCAGGAGGAGUCAUCAAACCAGGAGACUGUUAGCCAGGAGGAAAGAGAAGAGAUCGUCCACCCAGAGAAAUCGCAAGAGACUGUCAGCCAGGAUGCAUUCGAGGAGAGUGCCAGCCAGGACACAUCGCGAGAGAGCGUCACCGAGGAGAUAUACAAAGAGAUUGUCAGCGAGGAGCUGUACCAAGAGAGUUCCAGCCAGGAGGCCUCGCAGCAGGAGAGUGCCAGCCACGAGAAUGCCAGCCAGGGGGAUGCCCCACAAGAGAAUGCCAGCCAGGAGGCGGCAUAUGAAGAGACGGUCUCCAUCUCCUCAGAGGAAGAACAACAGAGUUGCAGCCAGGGGAAUACAUCCUGCAGCACCGAGGAGGACAGGGACAAAGACACGGAAGUGAAUACCGCCAUCAUGUCAUCCGUGGAGCUGGAACCGGCAAAACCCAUCAAAAAGAAAGCCACUAAAGCACCGUCCCCUGCUCCCGUUGCAGUUCCAGAACCUGCUCCUGUGCCUGCUCCUCUGCCUGAACCUGUUCCCGCAACUGCCAAAGCAACCAGCAAAACGUCUGCCAAAUCCUCCGCCAAGACAGGCAGCAAUAGCGCGACGGGCGCAUCACGUAGGAAUGUGGCAAAGACGAAGGAUAAGCCACCCAAGCCCAUAUGCCGCUGCGGCACCUCUGGUGUGUCGGUUAAUCCGAAAACGACCUGUCGCAACACCCGCUGCCCCUGCUACAAGUCGGGCAACAGCUGUACAAAUUGUCACUGCGUUGGCUGCCACAAUCCCCAUAAGAUGGACUAUCUCGAUUCCGAUGACGAAUUGGAGGAGGACUUGCCGACACUCAGCAAUCCUCAGAGCGAAAAGGAGCCGCCAACAGCAACAGCAACACGGGAGCAACCGCGUCGGAUGGCGCAGGGCGGUAUAAGUUUAGUGCCCCUUAGCAAUCUGCAACAGUCCCAACAUCCAUUGGUCUUAGUUCAGAACGAGAACGGGGAGUAUCAAGGUUUCAACAUCUUUCAAGGCAGCGUACCGAUCGAUCCCGCCACAGUUGGCUUUUUGCGUGUCCAACUGCAGAACAAUGACUCCAAUAGCACGAUUCCUCAGUAUGCGUAUGUGAUGCCACCUCCAGUGCCAGUGGUGGCUGCUGCGGCUACUCCUCCACCUCCGCCAGCACCAGCGACAGCUCCAGCAACAGCGCCAGCAGCAACGGCGCCAGCAGCUGGGCCGAAGACUGCUCCCUCCCCCGUUUCCGAUAUGGAGGAGCAACAGCCAGCAAAGAAAUUCAAGCCAGCCAUCAAAAGGAGCGCGCGUCUGCGUGGCUUUCCGCCACGCAAUACCAUUGACGAGCUGGUCAGUGGUGGCUCCUCUGCCAUUGGCAAUUCUGCCGCUGGCGACAGAUUGUCGGCCACUGACAAUGCGCACUCACUGUUCGAGGAGAUCAUGUCGGGUUCUGAUGAUUUGUAAGAAAAAACGGGAAACGGGAUUCACUUUUUUUUUUAUUUUUUUGUAUUUGUAUGUUGCAUACCCCGUUGCGAGGGGUAUGCUGUGUGAAGUCUAGUUUUGAUACCCCCAAAGGGGCAUAUUGUAUGUGUAUCACAUGUCCUGAUAGUCCUGAUUAUAUGUCUUUUUAUGUAUCCUGUCCCAAUCACGUUCUGUCUCACAUGUCCUGAUAUUUUUAAAAUGUUUUAAAUUGCCGUCUCUUAAUUAUUUAAUUUUACAUUUUUUAAUGUAUUUAUUCUCAGAAUCGUCCCCUCAGUUUGUUUCGUGUCUGCUAAAAUUUGUGAAUGUUUUUCAAUUGUAUGCAAAGAGUAAAAUAGUUGACCCUCCCCUGCCAUACUAUUCAAAAUUGUCCUCUAACAUUAAGCGAUGAAAAUGUACAUACAAAACAUAACUGUCUAUGUACGCCCCUAGGGAGCUCUCAUUAUAUCUCUCUUUGAGGCUGCCAGCUCGCAAUUUGCAUAAUGUAUGUACAGCAAUCUUUUGGCAGCCGCUACCGCUGGCAAAAGCAAUAUCCACAAAUCUAAUAUAUCCCUUAACCCUUCGAGUGUCGAUCAUGAAAAUGUUCUUUUUCGUUUAACGAACAACGAAUGGUAAAAACAUUGCAAUGCUUUGGCGCCAAGUGCGGCUGCUCUUAGCCUAAAAACCAAACAAACAAAAACAAUUUUUUUUCAUAGCUUAAGUACAUUUUUUUUCAUAGUGUAAGUACAUUUUUUUU